CCGCGGCGCCAUUACCAGGUGUGGCUACCAAAGGACGCAGGUGUAGUGCAAGGUGGGGAGUUGCAUUUUCCCCGGGUAAUAGCCCUUCCUUAGCCCCUGAAAGCCCACAGAUGGUAGGGCAGGAUGCGGGGCGAGUGGCAGCUGGUGUGGUGGAGUCUGGCGGCCAUUAUAGGGGUGAUAAUGGCGCAGUUUGAGUACCACGAGACGGAUACCUUUGACCAGAUAGAUCACCUGUUUCGAAGUGUGACCCCAGAUAACUGCUUCAUCAAGCCCCUGAAAGACCUGUACUUGCCAGAUGACAGCAUAUCACACCUCCCGGACAUCCAGCAGAUCAACAUCAACCCAAUCUUCCCAAACAGAACGGCCCUCUACCACCUCCACAACAUGGCUCACUCUCGUGGCUUCUUCUUCUCCUACAUCCUGCAGUCACGCUUCAAGAGGCCUGCUGUGAAUGCAUCAGACAGUGCCUCAGAGUAUGACCCAGGCUUCAUGUACUACUUCCUCUCCACUGUGGCGGAUGUAGCAGCCAAUCCCAGGAUCAACUCCAGUGCUGUGUACUUCCAGCCCAACAUGGCCUACACCUCCUCAUACAAGGGGUUCUUUAACAAGACACUGCCACUCUUUGCUCCGAGGACAUUUAGGAUGGAUGAUUACAACGACCCUGUUCAUCUGGAGAGGAUUUCGACGCUCAACUUCUUCCAGGUGGAGGAUCUCGGUGCCAUCCUGCCUAAGGGCCAGCGCUCCCUCAACUACACCCUGGAGGACUACCGCACCAACGAGUGGUACUACUCCUGGCUGCCCUACACUAACUUACAGCAGGACAAGCUCACCACCUACCAGGUGAAGAUCCGUUAUGCUAACAACACCAAUGAGACCUUUGUGUUCCACGGCCCUAAUGCUGCUGACGAGACACCCGGCCCUGUUAAACUGACCCGCCCUUACUUUGACUGUGGCCGCUCCAACAAGUGGUCUGUGCCAGCCAUCACACCAGUAGCUGACUUGCACCCGCGUCACACACAGUUCCGUCACAUUGAGUUUCCAACCCGCACUGCAAUUGCCGUCAUGGAAAUGGACUUUGAGCGGGUGGACAUAAACCAGUGUCCAAAAGGAGAAGGAAAUUCUGGUCCUAAUAGAUUUGCAGACACGGCUCGAUGUAAAAAGGACACUACUGAGUGUGAGCCCUUGGAUGGGUAUGGGUUCCGUAGGGGAGGAUACCAGUGCCGGUGUAAGCCUGGGUAUCGUCUGCCUAAUGUGGUGCGCCGGCCUUACCUGGGAGAGUUGAUAGAGCGUGCCACCCUUUACCAGUAUCGCAAUGCCUUCAUGUGCACCCCUAUUGGAUGGAUCCAGAAGUUGCCAUUUGAUUACAACAAGAUGUCCCCGUGGGAGCGAUACAAGUACCUCUCCAAGGACUUCAACAAUGUGACGGGUGCAGAGGCGCUGCGUGCCAAUACCAUCAAUGUAGACCAGGUCAUUGAGUUCCUCAAGUCUGUUACCAAAGAGAACUGCCACAUGUUCCCCCCUGAUGACCUUGUCUUGCGCGGCGACGUUGCCUAUGGUGUGGAGGCUCAGUUUGAGAAUGAGGCCAGAAUGGCACUCCGUCUGGCUAACUUCCUGAGUUCUUUCCUCCAGAUUGUAGACCACCAGGAAAUCUUCUCAGGUGUGAGGGUGGUGGACCGGCCACUCACAGAGGACCAGAUGAUGGGAGAGGUGUUGUCAAUCAUUCUGGGCAACAGCAGGAUUUGGGCCUCAGGAAUGUACUGGGACCGUGGGAAGUUCACCAAUCGUACACUCUUUGCUCCACACGCCUACAAGACUAUUCUCAACACUCGCAAGUUCUUCAUGGAGGACCUGGCACGCCUCAAUUCCACUCGGGACUCGUAUGUCAACAAGCCGUGGUUCAGAAAACUGAAGACAAGAUGGUCCACCAAUUUUGAUGACCUGGAGAAGUACUGGUUGAGGCUGAAGCUGAGACAGAAUGCCACGGGAAUGUAUGCCAGGAAAUAUGAGCGUUAUCCAACAUUCUACAAGGCAGCAGAACUGCGUCAUGGUCAGUGGAGUGUACCAGAAUUUGACUGUGAUGGCUUUGUGAAGAAAUGGGUGAUCCACUACACUGCACCUUUCUUUGGGUGGGAUGCACUCAGGGCCAAGCUGGAAUUCAAAGGUGCAAUCCGAGUCACAAUGGAUCUCCUCAAGCUGGACAUAACACAGUGUCCAAAUGAAUACUUUGUUCAGAAUGCAUUCAAGGACACCCACCGUUGUGACAGGAAGACAUCCUAUUGUGUACCCAUCCAGGGACGAGGCUUUGACACAGGAGGCUACAAAUGCGAGUGCAUCCAGGGCUACGAGUAUCCCUUUGAAGAUCCUAUUACUUACUUUGAUGGCCAGCUGAUGGAGGCCGAGUAUAUCAACAUUGUCCGCAACAAGAAAACAAGGUACGACUUCUUGAAGUGUCGAGUAGCAGGUGCAGCUACGCUACAGAGCAGCUCCAUUAUAAUUUUGGCACUACUGUUCUUCAGUCUUAUCCUUAGACGCUAAUAGACGUUAUACAACACUACAGUGAAAGUGCCUCAGAUGUCUCUCCAACAGGUGAACACUUGGUUGUUAUUUCACAAUUUAAAUUAUUUCUGUAACCAAGUAUGACAUUUUUCAUAGAUUCUCAAAUAAGCAGUGUGAUUUUAUUUGAGGCGGACAGGGUUAGCUUUUUUAAGAACAGGAGUCAUGUUGCACGCUGUUCUUAUUAAAUGUGUGAAUGUGUUUGGAUUUAGAAUUGACAUAGCUUUAAACAUCCAAGCCCUGAACACACAUUUCAGUUUGUAUAUUUUCUGAAAUUUUAUAAUGGCAGAGAAAUUUUACACAACUUAUGAAUUUACUUAUAUAAAAAGUAUUAAUUUGAAUGUUACAGCAUUAACAUAGUAUUUAUGGUUAGCAAGAUUGCAAGAGAACUUUAUACCCAUAAAGUACUUUGGGCAUCAGUUCUCUUCAUAAGUAUUGGACCUCCUGGUUGAUGGUCUGAUAUUUAUGGUAAGAAACGUAUGGUCCUCGCGAGAUUGAACUGUUUUAGCCAAAAGCAUCAGCCCCUACCAGUAUGUCACUGCAUCCCUCAGCUUUGAGCGGCCAAUAAAUAGCCUCCCCUCACAUUCCUCCGGGCACGUUGGAAAGCAGGAACUUGCAUCCUGGCGUAUUAUUGCACAAUAAUAAGAUAAUUAAUUGUUUGAUAGUAUAGUUAGUAUUAAUCUGAAAUUUUUGGGCUGAUCAUGAGCCUCAAGAAAGCAGAAAAAAUAAAAAAAUAACUGAAUAAUCUGCUUCCUUGAGACUCCUGAUUGCUUUUGACGACUUGACAAAAUUGGAUCACAACCAAGAGGAUCGUUUUUUUUUUUUUUUUCUCCCAUACAGAUCUCUGCAGCCAGGGUGUCCAAUACUUAGGUAUGUUGAGUACUGUACAUAGGAAGUUAGUAAGCUCAAACCGUUCCCUCAUGGACUUUCAGUUGUGCUGGGUCUCGAUGCUAUGGUGCAUUUUUAAGACAUUUAUUUUGGAUGUUUAUAGUAUGAAAAGUGAUAUGAUAGAGAAGGGGGAUGCUGUAAGUAUGAAAGGAAGACUUCUCUUGAAAUUAAGGGGAAAUUGAUGGAUUUUACAAGAGGAGCAAUGGAAGGCUGAGUAAGAGAGUGUGUGAGUUGAAUGUGUGAAUGAUAGAUAACAAACAGGAGUCUCCAAUGAAUGUAUAUUACAUACAGUACUGGGGUUGUGGAGAACAUUUUAUCUAGAAGCAGGUAGUUUUAUACAUUUUAUAUUAAAUAUUACAUGUACUAAAAUCUUAUGUUAAAGGAAUCUGCCACGGUAUUCCUUCAUCAUGAAAGGUGACUGGAGAUUACCCCUUAAGAAUUAGCCAAAUAUUUUAACUAACAUACCAGCCUGACACUAUGAAGUGAAAGUAAAGGUUAUUCAAAGUUGAAUGUUCUACACACAUGCUGUUCAGGACUUUGUUUAGUCAUGUGGUGUAAUUCAAGUUUGGGGAGGGAACAUAUUAUAAGGCAUGUGUCUGACAAUUGUUUUAUGUCAUAGAAACAUCACGUCAACAUGCAGUACAAUCUUAAAACAUUAUCACCAUUUUGGUGAUAAGUAAAAAAAUUGGAUGUUAACAUGGUGUCUCUAUGACAUAAGGCCAUUGCCUGGCACAGUCUGUAGGAUGACACCCUGACACACUCAAAUUUCAUCAUACAACUAAAACAAAGCCACAAAAUGCACAAGUAUAGAUAGAACUGUUUCUGCUUAGAAUAACUUAUAUUUUCUCUGUUUUCUCUGUAAAAUCAUUAUGAUGAACAUUGUACAAAUGUGUCUUGAAUCUCAGUGUGACAUGUCUAAGAAGUUUCAGUGCUUUAUGAUUGAUGUGGAUACAUUCUGAGUUUGCAGUUUGGAACAGUGUUCUUUUUCCUCGUGUAUGUUGUACAUGUAUUUCAAAGAAAGACCACUCUCUUUUAGCAUCAUAAAAUGACUGAUAAGCAAAACACUUAUCUGAAAAGUUGUUUUCUUGAAAAAUUUCAAGCUUUGAAAUACUUUCAGCAUGAUGCAAUAGAUUGAAAAAUAUCUGCAUAUUUCCAUAUUAUUAAUAUUGUGGCUGCAUUGCAAAACAGAUGUAUUCUAAAAUUUAAACAUUCACAAGGCACUGUGUAAAUAAGUAAUCAGUAACUUAGUUUUAUGCUGGAUUCCAAAGGAGUGCAUUCCAUGUGUUGUUGUAAGUAAACCUGAAAGGUGUUAGUAUGUUAAUGGUACCUUGCUGUGUACAUCAAGUAAUCCUUGCAUCUUGUUUCAACACAAUUAGUAGUAAAAGCAACUCAAAAUCAUGUCACAAUAUUACUUAAUAGAAUGAAUCUAUCCACAUCUUAACAAUAGCAACUAUCUGUCCAUAUAAGUUGUGACAACAUAUGUUCUCGUUUAUACAAAAA